CAAGUACUGGAAGCAAGCGGUAGCCAUGGCGACUGAGUCCAAGCCCCCGUUUCCCCCUUUUACGAGAGAGACGGCCCAGCAGAAGGUCAAGGCUGCCCAAGCAGCCUGGAAUACCAAGAAUGCAGAAUCCGUCCAGUUCGCCUACACGCCGGAUUCCAUCUGGCGAAACCGCGACGUUUUCCUCCAGGGGCGCGAUCAGAUCGUCGAGUUCCUCCGCAAGAAGUGGUCAAAAGAACAGGGCUACCGGCUACGCAAGGAGCUGUUCGCAUUCACCGACGACAAGAUUGCCGUGCAGUUCUGGUACGAAUGGCAUGAUGAGACGGGCCAAUGGUGGCGGACGUACGGACUCGAGGACUGGACGUUUGCGCCGAAUGGCUUGAUGCGGAAGAGGCAGAUGAGCGGGAACGAUGUAAAGAUCGAUGAGACGGAGCGGUGGUUCAAGGAUGGAGUUGACGUAGAUACUGUUAAGAUUAGCGAGAGGCAUUGGUAAGGUAGUUGGGUACAGACUUGGAGAAAGCAGCGAGCGUACAGGAUGCUUGCCUGCAAGCCACAAAGCCGAAACUGGACCGUAAACUCGUCAGUGUGUCCACGUAUGCUGCGCGCCAAGGGAGAGCUCUGGCUAUGAAGGACUGAACAAGCCUCGUUGUCUCACCAUCCAUGGCCAAUCACAAAGCUCAGGAUGAUUUUCAGUCGUUACUCGCGGAAGAAAAACUCUGCUGGCACUUGAAGCUCCGCGCUCGCAUAGAUCGGCGUUGGGUCCCAUCUCAUGA